AUGGUCAUUUCUUUCCUCGCUUCAAAUCUUCUGUCACCAAAUUCUCUUAAUGCUGCUUGGGAGGAUGGGAGCGCAACGUUUUACGGUGACAUGACCGGAGCCGAAACCAUGCAGGGGGCUUGUGGUUAUGGUGAUCUCUUCCAACAAGGCUAUGGCCUCGAGACAGCAGCUCUAAGCACAGCACUGUUCAACAAUGGACAAACUUGCGGUGCUUGUUUUCAGAUCAUGUGUGUCAAUGAUCCACAAUGGUGCAUACCUCAUGCUGGUACCAUCAGAAUUACAGCAACAAAUUUCUGUCCUCCAAAUUACGAUCCACAUUUUUAUCCCUGGUGCAACCCCCCAAGAAAACACUUCGACUUGUCCAUGCCUAUGUUUGCGAAAAUCGCUAUCACCAAAGCUGGGAUAAUUCCUGUAAAGUUUCGUAGAGUCCAUUGUGCUAAAAGAGGAGGGAUUAGGUUUGAGCUAAAAGGAAACCCUUACUGGAUUACUGCAACUAUGUUGAAUGUUGGUGGUGCUGGUGAUGUUACAGCGCUGCGAAUCAAAGGGUCUAAAUCCGAUUGGGUUCAAAUGUCACGCAACUGGGGACAACUAUGGCAGACUGCAGCGAACUUAGUCGGACAAAGCUUAUCAUUCCAAGUUACUACUAGUGAUGGGAAGACGGUUCAGCUUGAUAAUGUUGCAACAGGAAAUUGGCAAUUUGGGCAAACCUAUGAAGGCAAAGGAAACUUUUAG